AUGGUAACUAAUCAAAAGCUAAACUGUGAGGUAAUAGAAUUAGGUUUGGUUUCAAAAUAUUUCUUUAAAGCAGUAUCUAAUUCAUUAUCAUCAGUAUUAAACUUCAAUAACUAUUAUGUUUUAUACCCUUUAAUCAAAUAUUCAGCCUUCAGUUUAAUUAAAUUUGAAAAUUCAGUUAUUAUUUUCAAAUCAAAAUUUCAUUAUGAAAACUAUAUGAAAAUAAACCAAGAUACCAAAAAAACCAAUUUUAGAAAGGUAUUAGUAAACUUUGAAGAAAACGAAACCUACGAUACAAGUAGUACAGUGAAUUUUUUAUUAUCAGACCAACAGUAUCCAGAUAAUGUAGAGUUCAACAUCACUCUAUCAAUAUAUCCUAAUGACUCUUUUCAUAACCACACCAUUUCAGAGUAUUUAUCAGGAAAAAAGAAAAUAAACCAAAUAAAACUAAUUGGUAACUUUGGUGAAAACUUUCGAAAUGUUGAUAUAUUAGAAAAAAUAGGGCAAUUAGAACCAAAAACAAUAAUUUAUACACCAAAUGAACCUACAAGAAUUGAAGAGGAUAGAGUUGAUGUAGAUUUUUCCAAACUAUUUCAAUGUUCAUCUCUAAAACAUUUCCAAACACAAUACUUUUAUGGAGAGGUCGGCAAUAUUGGCAAAAUUAGCAACUACCCAAGCACCAUUUUAAAGUCGAUAGAUGUACCAAUCAGAUUUGAGUAUCUAAAGGACGUAUUUAAUGGCAGAGAUAUUAUGUUAAGAGAACCCAAUGCAGUGGUUGAGGAAUGGAACUCUUUUAUCUCGGCACUAUCUCAACCAAAUUCAACCAUUAAACGGUUUUCAUUAUGCCAAGAUAUUUAUUUCAGUUCCACGAAACUAGUCAAAAAAUUUGAUGAAAGAACGUUAACAAACUACAGAUCUAUUAAUGAUGGUUUAAGUUCAAUUUUUUCAAAACCUACAUGUUCCAUCGAAACAUUAGAAAUUAAAAACAUUUUUUUUUUAAAUAACGAUGCACUCUCAUCCCUUGCAAAGAACACAUCAAUCAAAACACUUUUUCUCUCACCACUUGUUUUCGAAUCAGUAAUAUCAAAAAUUUUUCCUUUAAAUAACACCAUUAGAAAUUUAAUAUUGGAUGUAAAAGAAGCAGAUAUCAAAUUUAUCGAAUUGCUUUCAAAUACAACAUCGUUGCAUUCCUUUACAAUUAAUAUAAUCUCUGAUAAUGAAGGACUAUUCAUCGAAUUUUUUAAUAAUCUAUUAAACAAUUUACAAAACAAUACAUUAAAAAUUCACAUCAAUGAAAUCAAUGUUUAUAUUCAGUUUUUUAAACCAGCCUGCUUCACAAGUAAAUAUUCAAUCAACAAUACACUUUUAAAUAUAGUCGAAAAUAUUCGACUUUAA